CUUCUCUUCUCCCCCUCCUCCCUUCGCCUGUUGCCUUCGCACCCAUCUUACCCCUACUUUAACGAAAUAUCCCAUUUGCAUUCGGCUAUCCCGAGCCCUUUUAUCGCUCCAGCCAGCCCUGCCCAAUCUUCCCGUCGCCACCGUUGCUUUUUAGCGCCAGCCUAGCGAGCGUUCUCCGCUGCCUCAACCCAUCUCCACAGAGAAUUAUCUCGUGCAUCCUAUUAAGCAUCUUCUUGACGACUGCUCAUUGCCAUCAACUUUCCUCUCAACCUCGCUGCUUCUCGGCCAUCGUCAUCGCAAUUUCCGACAACAAAGCCCACCCCGACCGCGCCUCUGAGCUCCCACGGACCCAUAUUGAAAAACUUUCACGCGAAUUCACGCGUCAUAGCUCUCUAAAAGUAUAUACCAGGUCGUCUGGGAGCUUGGUAGCCAUGUCCGCCAUGGCUACUACGCGUCGGCAGACCCCGUUGCACAUUUUUCAAGACCCUAUCUCCUCACCCGACCCCCAUGAAGUCUCCUCAUACGGACCACGCCUCCUAGAAGCCUUUGGAUCCGUGACCGACGUGUCCACCGACCACCACACCCUCCUGGAGCCACCACAGAACCACACACAUGCACCGUCGCCGCGGAAGACUCGACAAGUCUCUAGCUCACCCCCUCCCAGUGCCCUCGGAGAGAUCGGGUUCAACAACGUCAAGAUACCACCGCCACCGGUGCAGAAUUUCAAGACGGACUCCCUUAUCAAGAAGGCCCAUCGAUCGAUCCCGAGGCAGUCACAGGCCAUGGCCAGCAAUCGAGCAUCGUUGUUCACCCAUUUCCCCACUUCAUUCGACAAGGAGAACAUGUACACUAUUCAUGAAGAUCACAACCUCCCAAUUCUCCCGAACAUCCCUACCGCAGACCCGCCGCUGAAGCCAUCAAACAAGCGCACAAUGACGGACGCAGCACCGCUUCGCGACCGAAGCAAGAAACAGAAAAUCCGCGAGGUACGCAUUGAAGAAGAAGGCCCUUUGCCGGAACCAGAUGAAAUGCCAGCACUGGAAGAUGACGGUCAGAAGCCACCGUACAGCUACGCAAACCUCAUUGGCAUGGCUAUUCUUCGAGCACCGAACCGACGCUUGACUCUGGCGCAGAUUUACAAGUGGAUCUCAGAGACGUUUCAGUUCUACCGUAACACUCAGGACACAGGAUGGCAGAACAGCAUCCGCCAUAACCUUAGUCUGAGCAAAUCUUUCUCAAAACAAGAGCGACCCAAGGAUGACCCUGGAAAAGGUCACUACUGGCGCAUCAAUCCGGGCUUUGAGAAGCAGUAUCAUAAGAUCAAAUCGACCCGACGACCCAUCAAUCCUGAUGGCUUUGUCCCGGCAUAUACCAAUGACCUGGCUCGCCCAACUACAUCAACGUCUGCCAGCUUCCCGCCCCCCCCCGUUGUGGUUAAGAGCAUUGACUCCACCAAAUUUCCAGAAGAGAAUGACUUGUCUUCAGAUGCAACCAUUCCCUGCUCAGACCCCGCCGCCCACGACGGACUUGACCCAAAUCUUGGCAUAGCUAUGCCCCCGCGACGCCAGAUACCAUCCUCGCCACCAUCCGCUGACAUAAAAUCAUCUCCACCAGCCCCUGUUGCUCGCCAAGCACGUGAAGACACUCCACCUCGUGUCCCGCGCUUUCCGUCCAACAGCAGGUCUGGAGGACGGAAGCGUAAGUUCACCGGUCUUGGCGAUAGCGGCUACUACUCUUCAAUUGAGUCGUCUGCGAUCAAAGGCAACCCACUGGGCCCACUGCUGACUUCCGAAGCUGACCUUGAGCGACCUAUUCUCAAGCGUGGACGCGCCGAGGAAGAGAUCGCCCGAAUCCGCGGAUCCUCUUACGAUUCCCCAUCAAAGCCUCGACCUUAUAUGAAGCAACCCAACGCAGCCCAGCUUAUAUCUUCCCCGUUCCGCCCAACUAUGUCGGAUAGGCCAGAUGGCCCUCUCACGCCUGCCAUUGUCUUCAAGCGGCCAGCCCUUCCACCAGCGUCUGCUUCCCCCAACACCAAUCUUCGCAACCACCGGAACCGCAUGCGUGAGCUUGUCGGUGGAUCACCUGAUAAAAGCCUGCCGAUUCCAGCAGUCAGUAUUCCAAAUGAUGAGAAUGUUAACCUCGUUGGAGAAGGCUUCACUGAAAACUUUGAUGUGUUCGGCGACUUCCACUACGAAGAGUCUCCAUCGAAGCCUUCCGCUAAGCGUCCACGUCUCGAGCGUGCAGCCACCACCACUGGCAUUCUCGCUGACAUUACUGGACUGAAACCCAACAUGAACUCCCCCACCCCAGACUGGAAGACAUCCUUCCUCAACAUUCCCGCUUUCCACUCUCCAGCCCGCAAUGAGUCUCCGUUGAAGGCACCGACCUCCAAUCCACUUCCUGAGCUGUCUCUGCCGAAAACUGGAGCUGGUCACUCUGGCUUAACCCCGCCGCAGGCGUUUGAUAUCCCACAAGAUGAUGACAUCUUCCACCUCCUUCACAGUGAUGAGUCGGAGCCAGGCAUCGACAUGCUGCAAGGGUUCGAGAAGAUUGGGGCUAGGGCCUCCGUUGCUCCCAACGGCUCUCCCUCCAAGGCACCUCGUCCAUCCCUUACGCGAAGCUCUACGACGCGCUUCUAA